UUGGUAAUUUGACUCGGGUAGGGAUUCUAGGGAAGCCGAAUGCUGCAGCGACCCGAAUGUUGUGUCACGCGGCCAGCUGAGCAAGAGAGAACCGAAGAGCGAUGAGGACGUCGAAGACAUAGCGGAAUGCAGCAAAGGCCGAAAGACACACGUGGAAUGGUUCAAGAUUCUGAGCAGAAUACCAAAUAGCCAUUCAUUACCACCACCAGGAGAUUGUCAGUAUAUUGAGCAUAAAGAUGCGAGUGGCAUGACAAACUCUUAUCUGGUGAAGGCGACCGUCAGGAACAAAAAAAUGCAUCGGGCAAGCAGCUACGCUUUAGGCUUCUUUCUACUGACCGUUAUUAGCCUCCACGCCACCGCGGCCUUAUCGGCGGUUUCAGAUGGAAACAGCACGGAAAACGGUACGGUGGCAGAUGGUGGAUUUGUCCCCCUCCUGUUCUCGAAAGUAAACCAGAUUAUCGCCCGUGAGGGCAACUGCGCGCUGAUUGAUUGCAACGUCACUGGAGACCCUGACCCGAGUGUACAGUGGUUCAACUCGCACGGAGACCUGCUAGACACCGAGACAAGUGGCAAGUGGCUGCUGACAGACGAUGGCAUCCUCAACAUCACCGACAUCAGGUUUGCCGACCGUGGCAAGUACACGUGCAUGGCGUCCAACGUGCACGGCAGCGCCAACUGCACGGUGACCAUGCGGGUGGUCCUGCACAACGGGGACCUGGGGGCCUACUACGUGGUCGUGUGCCUCGUCACCUUCACCAUCAUCAUGAUCCUCAACAUCACGCGCCUCUGCAUGAUGAGCAGCCAUCUGAAGAAGACCGAGAAGGCCAUUAACGACUUCUUCCGCACAGAAGGCGCCGAGAAGCUCCAGAAGGCGUUUGAGAUCGCCAAGCGCAUCCCCAUCAUCACGUCAGCCAAGACCCUGGAGCUGGCCAAGGUGACCCAGUUCAAAACCAUGGAGUUUGCCCGUUACAUCGAGGAGCUGGCCCGCAGCAUCCCGCUGCCCCCCCUCAUCAUGAACUGCCGCACUUUCAUGGAGGAUAUCUUGGAGGUGGUGGGGGUUGAGGAGAUGAGGCACACGUUCCUCCGACAGGCCCCAGAGGGGCACCACCUGGAUGGGGCAUCGGGAUGCCGGGCGGCCCUGGUGCAGGGGGCCCUGGUCGGGGUGGGGCCCGGCGACGUCUUCACCGUCCUCCGGGAGAGGGAGCGUUCCGGAUCCCCUGCAGCGGAUUCCGACGACGCGUCGUUGCACGAGCAGCCUCAGCACAUCGCCAUCCAGGUGUCCAUCCACCCCCCGCUGCCCAUGGAGGCUCCGGCUCUGGCUGAGGCCACGCCCACUCCCUUGUCUCCUCCGCCGUUGGCUCCCCUUCACCUGGAGGAGGAGGAGGAGGAGCAGCAGCAAGAGGAGCAGGGUUCUGAGCAGGAGCCAGUAGAGGAGGUGGGGUUGGAGGCAGAGGUGGAGCCAGAGGUUACUACUAAGCUACAGCCUGGUCAGGUGAUCUAUGAAAGCCAUGUGUAAACAGGAGAGAAAAAACAACAAACGCUCCCGAGGAGGGAUGAGUGAUCCUGUCCUAUGCAUUUCCCAACCCCACCCUCAAAAACAUAGAAUAUGUCAAGAAAAGGUCAUUUUAUUUCACUUUUCAACGGAACUAGCUUAAAACUCGAACCUAGCUACGUAUGUAGGUCUGUCUCUGGAUUGUAUUAUAAUAACCUAGUCUGGAUUACAAUAAAUCUACUUGAUAAGACAUUGCGUAUCAUCCCUCAUGCUUAUGGAUCUACAUGUUGAAUGUAUUGGGGGAGAGGAGAGGAUAAUCAAUAUUUGAUAUAUGUAAGUAUAAAGCAAUGUAUAGGGCCAUUUAAUUUGUUUCGUAUUAGUGAGCAGAGGGGAAAAAAGAGCUGUUUGUUAUUCGAUUCAAGCAUUCUCGAAAAUCGAUUUUCAGGAAAGUGACUUGACGAUUAUGCUUUAAUUUUGUUGCAGUAUUCUGUUUCAUGAUCAAUUCAUAAAUUAGCUCCAAGCUGACGUCGUGCAAAUCACUGUUACUAAGCAGACCACAAAGGCUUUUUAUCCUACCACUGUUACAACCAACCUGGACCUGCAAUUUCAGUAUCAUGUUAAGUUCAAAUGCAUUAAACUCCUAUAUUAACGACAAUAA